AUGACUAUUCUUACAACAACAACGAGGACAACAGUUAAUAAUUACAACCAAUCUGUUUCAUCAUCAACAAGAACAACAAAAACAACUUUACUAGAUUCAACUAAUAACAACAAUUACUUUCCACAACCACCACUAGCAUCACCACCAUCAUCGUCACAGCUAAAACAACACCCACUCAUGUCAACAAACAAUUUUCAGAAGCCUCAGGUGUCAAAUCUCACAAAAAAUUUGUUGUCAACCUCCUCAACCUCCAGUGGGAAUAUAACUCCCGUGGGAUCAAGUGAGAAUCUAAUUAAUCAGCAACCUCCACCACCACAAAAUAUAUUCAACAACCCUUCAUCUUCAAGUCAAUCUGAUCAUCAACAUAUAUCUAAUAAAUUCAUACCCACUAAUAAUUACAAUAAUACUCAGGAUUUUACCAAUUCGUUUAAUAGCGGAAGUUUUCAUCAUCAACAACAACAACAACAACAACAAAAUCACCCACAUGGGUCAAUUGUAACAGAUUCAAUACAUUAUAUUCCUUCAUCCCAUAAUACACCAACUGCAGUUAGUUCUUCGUAUACAUCUCAUCAUUCUUACACCGCUUCACUACCAAGUGUAAACAAUUUCAUUUCUCAACCCACCCCUCAGCCCAUGUCAAACUCAAAUUCAAUAUCUAAUUCAAAUUCAAAUUUUAGACCUCCGGUAGUUAUACCGAAUCCUAUCCCUACUACAAAUGUGGACAAUGAUACAGCAAAUAGAUUUACAAGUUCAUCAUCUACUUCAUCAUCAUUAACUCAACCUUCAUCAUUUGUUACACCUAAUCAACAUCCACCAAUAUCUUUUCCGCAGCAACAACAACAACAAUUUCAACAACGAAUUCCAAAUUCUCUUCCAAACUCAUCAUUACCAACUUUUAAACCUCCACCACUUCAAUCUACUCAACUGUAUAAUUCUAAAUUUCAACAACAUCAACCAGUGGUUAGUGAACAACAGGUUCAUACAAGCGGCUCAAACACCCCGGUAGAAAACCAAUCACCCCACGCACAAAUGUCAUCCUCCUCAUCAUCUUCAUUUUCACAACAACAACAAUUAUCAGGACAACCAAUAGAAAGACCUCAUGUUAGACCUUUUCAUUCUACUUCAUCUUUACCUGUAGGUAAAAAACAAAACAUUGCACAUUCUUUCCCACAACAAUCUUCUGUACCACAAUCCCAAUCAUUGCCUCCACCGCCACCUUAUGUACCACCUGAACCUGAUCAUUACAUGACAUAUAGCGAAUUUUUGGAGAAUUUAACACUUAAAGAUAGUCAAGAUGGAUCUCCUAAUCAUGAUCAACAUUUAAAUAUUGUGGAAUAUCCCGUAAAUGAUUUAAUAGUCAUGUUAUCUUGUUUGUUGACUAAAAUAAUUGAAGCCAAUGAUAAAUUACAUCCAAAUCAUUUUGAAAAUACUAUUGCCAUUCGACAAAAACUUAAAGAAGAAAAAAGACUAAAGAAAUUACAGAAAAGAAACAAAUUACAAAAUCAACCAGAUAAUGAUAAUGAUGAUGAUGAUAUUGAAAUUGAUAGAAACGAAGAAAAUAGUGGAAUGGGAAGUAAUCAUGAUAAUAAUAACAAUGAUAUAGAGGAGGAUGAAGAUGUUGACGACGAAGAUGAUGAUGAUGAAGACGACGAAGACGAUGAAAUGAAGAAUAAAUAUUUAGCCAAUGUUUUGGCAUUUCAUGGGACUAAUGUACCUGGUAUUUCAUUACAAGCAUAUUUAGCUCGUGUUUUGAAAUAUUGUCCGGUUACUAAUGAAGUUUUUUUAUCUUUAUUAGUUUAUUUUGAUAGAAUUGCCAAGAAAGCCAAUAAUUUGAAUCAAAAGAAAAAGAAUAGUAAUUCAGAUACUAAUGAUCCAUCUAAUUCAAAUGAAUCAGAGCAAUUGUUUGUCAUGGAUUCGUAUAAUAUUCAUAGAUUAAUAAUUAGUGGAAUCACAGUAUCAUCUAAAUUUUUCCUGGAUAUCUUCUAUAAAAAUCUUAGGUAUGCCAAAGUUGGAGGAUUACCAUUGGAAGAAUUGAAUUAUUUAGAAUUGCAAUUUUUAUUGCUUUUAGAUUUUAAGUUGAUGAUUUCCGUUGAAGAUUUACAAAAUUAUGGGGAUUUAUUGUUAAGAUUUUGGAAAAGAGAACAAGUUGCAAAUGAAUUAGUUCCAAAUGAACAAAAAUAA